CUCUUUGUCUAUAUAUAUAAAAGACUCCAUUUGUUGCUGUGACCACCCACCAGCCUUGCUUUUUCCGCUCCCUGUCGAAACUAAACUACUCCCAGAGUCCUCAUCACUAGCUUUCUCAUCUCCCCUCCUCACCUAACCGUCACUCUCCGUUUAAACAUGUCAACCAUGACAGCUGUUAACGUUCCCUCUCAGUGCAUGCUGAGAAAUGCACCUAAGACUCGAUUCACCAGUUCUAUCAUUAAGUUCUCGUCUCCACUUGGAUCUGUGAAGACUCUCUCCAAGUCUUUUGGCUUGAAAGCAUCCGCCUCUUCUAGAACAUCAAUGGCAGUAUACAAGGUUAAGUUGAUUGGGCCAGACGGUGAGGAGAACGAGUUUGAGGCUCCAGAUGACUCAUACAUCUUGGAUUCAGCAGAGAAUGCAGGAGUUGAGCUGCCCUAUUCUUGCAGGGCUGGGGCAUGCUCCACUUGUGCAGGAAAGAUGGUAGCAGGUUCAGUGGACCAGUCUGAUGGCUCCUUCCUCGAUGACAACCAAAUGAAGGAGGGUUAUUUGCUGACCUGUGUGUCGUACCCAUCAUCAGACUGUGUGAUCCACACUCACAAGGAAAGUGAACUGUAUUAGGUGCCUUAUUGUUGAAUUGAAUAGUGUUAUGAAGUCUUGGUUCGUUAUUUCCAGGAUUUUUAUGAAUCUCAUGUUGUUCUAAGGCUCCCUUGGACCUUGUUCUAGUGUUUAUUGUGGAAUUCAGUAGCAGUUUAUCAUAUU